AAGUGUAAAACUUUGACGUAAGAAGAAGCUCGUGUAGGAAGUUUCUGCCUCGCGGAAUCAUCUACAGAACGUGGAUCGUGGUGUCGCUGCUGCAUAAAGAAAAAGAUAAUUGGACAUGACGUAUCCGAGUUCCAAGUGUUUUUCGUGGAUUACGGAGACUACACAACGGUUCCGAUACACGCUUUGAAAACACUUCUAGCUAAAUUCAUCAGUCGUCUACCAUCUCAAGCCAUCGUUUGUUCAUUGUAUGGCGUGGGGCCGAAAAAUGACAGUGGCUGAUGGACCGAAGAAGAUGUCGAUUUUUUCUCAUCACUCACCACUGGAUCUGAUGGGUUCAUGCACGUGUGGCAUGUCCAGACGAAGUUUAAAGAAACAGUUCCUGAUGAAGUGACGAAUGGGCCGCCCUAUCAUGUUACACUGAUAAACCGCGAAGAGUGCGAGCCCCAAAAUUUAGCUCAACAAUUGAUAGACCAAAAUUAUGCCAUUUCGCUAGAAAACGAUGAAGAUUUUCGUGCAAUCGAACGCCACUCGGCUGCAAUCAAGAAGGAGACUGAAGAAAAAGAGCUAAGAGACAAAAUGUGCAAAGCGCAACAACUGGACGAUGCAGAAGAUGACCUGAAAUUUGAUGUUUCGCCUGGUUGGAUUGACCUCUUUCCGAAAUCUCAAGAAAGUGGCGAUACUAAGUCGAAUGCCGAUUCUCGUCGAUCUGACGAGGCAUCUGGCGAAAGUGUCCCAUCAUCAGAAGAGCAGCUGGUGGUGCAGCAAAUUGUACAUGGAAAUCAGAAUUUAGCGCUAAUCGAUCACACGAUGCCUUUGAAGGAUAGUUUGAGUCGCUUCCCUACAACGAAAUGGGCACAAAGUGAACAGGAUGUUUGUGUAACUUUCGUUGUGGGUCACCUGAGUGACUAUACUAUUGAACUUUCGGAGAACCAUUUGAGCUUCGUGGCCGAUGUUAAUGGACCGAGAUAUGAAUUGAACGCGAGCACGUAUGGCUACAUAGUUCCUGAAAAAAGCUCCCAUUGCAUCGUUAGUUGUGGAGUAAAAGCCACGCUCCGGAAGCAAGAAAUAGGUUCAACAUGGACCCGUUUCAUUCAAUCCCCCUUAAAGCAACCUUGGCUGACUCGUGAUUUUGACUAUUGGGUGAUUAACAAUUCGUCAGACGAUGAGGAACAAUUGGAGCAAAUAGUAGACCCAAAAUACGCAUUCGACGAAGAGCAACCCGAAUCGUCAUCAAGUGAUUCGGAUGAAGAAUGCAUCGAUGAAAAGUGGCUUCGUGACGCAACUAGACCAUGGACUAUUUUGAACUAUUCAUGGGUGUAA